GGAGACUGUCAGUGCAGAAAGGUGAGAGGAACCCAAAUGAGAAGAAAAAGGAAGCAGCACCAACCUAAUUUCAUCCUCAUCUUUCACUAGAUACGUAUAGUAUAUAUAUUUGUAUAUGUAUGUAUAUAUGUAUAUAUAUUGCUCAUUAGCAGCAGUGGCGUGAGGGAAUACUGAGUCAACACAGCUAGAGUGAUGGGCUGUUGCCAAUCGUUCUUCUCGAAUGAACCUCAAUUGGACAAGAACCAACACCACACCAAAAAUCGUCCUCAUCUGUCCAACGGCAGCGCCGCCGCAGGUGACGGCGACGGUGGCGUCCCGGCCUUCUCUGAGUUCUCGCUGUCUGAGCUUAAGGCGGCCACCGACAACUUCAGUUCGGAGUUCAUAGUCUCGGAGAGUGGUGAGAGAGCCCCAAAUGUCGUGUACAAGGGCCGAUUACAGAACCGACGGUGGAUCGCAGUCAAGAAAUUUACCAAAAUGGCCUGGCCCGAUCCCAAACAGUUCGCGGAGGAAGCAUGGGGCGUUGGGAAGUUGAGACAUAAAAGGCUGGCUAAUUUGAUUGGUUAUUGUUGCGACGGCGAUGAGAGGCUCCUAGUUGCUGAGUACAUGUCCAGUGACACCCUUGCAAAACAUCUAUUCCACUGGGAGAAUCAAACCAUCGAGUGGGCCAUGCGGUUAAGAGUUGCUUUAUAUGUUGCUGAAGCAUUGGAUUAUUGUAGCACUGAAGGCCGUUCAUUGUACCAUGACUUGAACGCAUAUAGAAUUCUCUUUGAUGAGAAUGGCGAUCCACGGCUUUCAUGUUUUGGUUUGAUAAAAAAUAGCAGGGAUGGCAAAAGUUAUAGCACAAAUCUAGCAUAUACACCUCCUGAGUAUUUAAAAAAUGGAAGGGUCACUUCGCAAAGUGUUAUCUUCAGCUAUGGGACUGUCCUUCUGGAUCUUCUCAGUGGAAAGCCCAUCCCUCCAAAUCAUGCUCUUGAUAUGAUACGGGGCAAAAACAUUCUUCUAUUAAUGGAUUCACAUUUGGAGGGGAAAUUUUCAACUGAAGAGGCUACUGUAGUUUUUGAUCUUGCUUCAAGAUGCUUGCAAUAUGAACCUAUGGAGCGGCCAUGCACCAAAGACCUUGUUGCAACCCUUUCACCGCUGCAAAGUAAACCUAAUGUUCCAUCUUAUAUGAUGUUAGGAAUUCCAAAACAUGAGGAAGCACCACCAACGCCACAACACCCUCUUUCUCCUAUGGGUGAUGCUUGUUCACGAAUGGACCUCACUGCUAUCCAUCAAAUUUUGGUGAUGACUCACUACAAAGAUGAUGAAGGAACCAAUGAGUUAUCUUUCCAAGAGUGGACUCAACAAAUGAGAGAUAUGCUGGAGGCACGGAAACGUGGGGAUCUGGCAUUCCGUGAUAAAGAUUUUAAAACUGCCAUCGAUUGUUAUUCUCAGUUCGUAGAUGUUGGAACAAUGGUUUCACCAACUGUAUAUGCACGGCGAAGUCUAUGUCAUCUCCUCUGCGAUCAACCUGAUGCAGCCCUCCGAGAUGCAAUGCAAGCACAAUGUGUGUACCCAGACUGGUCCACAGCAUUUUAUAUGCAGGCAGUUGCCCUUGCCAAGUUGGACAUGCACAAGGAUGCUGUUGACAUGUUGAAUGAGGCAGCUACCUUAGAAGAAAAAAAGCAACGAGGUGGGAGAUGAUGAGAUGAUGCUGAUUAACUGUACUAUUCUUUCAUAAUUAUAGCUCCAUCAAUUGUUGCUGUCACCAACGGAUUGGGUUUCUGUAGGAUGUAGGUUGGGAGUAGAGUGGUCAUCCAAAUAUGUAUUAUAGAGGGAGAUACCCUUGUUCUUUUGCACUGAACAGCUAUGUCAUAUUUUCAGCAUCUGUUGAAAUAUAAAAUUGGUUUGUUGUGUA